CGAAUCGAAUCGUGAGGUGCCUAGAGAUUCCCACCCCUAAUAUAUAUAUAUAUACAGAUAUUUAUUGUGUUCAAGUAUUAUAUGAUUUAUUGAAACUAACUCUAUCAAGCUCUUGUCAUCUGACUGCAACUGAAACAGCAGAAGAACUUUGACCCAAACUAUAAGACAGUCGUAUUUAUAACACAUUUGACCAUUUUAUUGAAGCACACUUACACCCACCAAAUAAAUUAAUAAGUAAUGUAAUUAUUUCUAAAUAAUGAAUUAAUUAAUUGAAAGUAAGUAAACACUUUAAUAAGUGAACAUUACUGUCAGAAGAUCAAAAUGAACACAAAGUUUUUUGCACCCAUCAUAUUAAAACUGUGAAAUAAAUCAGCAAAAUAUUGUAUGCAUGCUUCCUGCAAUCUCGAGAUUUAUGGCUGCUAUAAUUCCUGCAAAACACCAGAUUUCACUCUGCUCUCUGUUUUUAAAUAAUGCUCCAAAUCUUCUAUUUUUUUUGGCACAGUCUGAAAGAAGCCAAGAUGCUUCAUCUACCCAUCACUGGAUCAAACUAGCUCACUACCUAUCUUAAAUAAACAACUCUCUCUCUCCCCCUCUCUCUCUCUAUACCCUUAUAAUAAUUUUUACACUAUUACAUCAUUUCAUUCUUUUAAAUAAGUAUUUUAACUGUACUAUAAACUUUAUUUGCCCUCAACGUGUGAAUUACAUGUGAACAUUUGCUAAUGGGCUAAUGUAAAAACAUUAGUGCAGUGUUUAGUGGCACUAGCACCUCAUGAUAUUGAAUUUUUUGUUUGUGUUCACUCCCUCACUCUGACUGGUCCUCGCCCGUAUCUCGUGGAAUUUUGGGUAAUAGGCCGCUGCUGAGUCCGCAUUCGUGCAGUGAGGGUUCAUAGAGGGCGCUAGCGAGCCCCCCUUUGAAAGGCAUAAUGAGAAAUGGGACAUCUUACCGUCUCCAACCCUGAUCCUGGAGAGCUACCUUCCUGCACAGGUUAGUGCCAAACUGUAUCCAGUUAGCAGCUCUGCCCCUUACUGAACUCUAAUACAUCUGAUCCAGCCAAUCAGGGACUUGGGAAGAGGUUGACUAGCUGGAGCAGAUGUGGCAAAUCGUGGUUGGCACUAAGCUCUGCAGGACCAGGAUUGGAGACCACUGUCUUACAGCCUUGUUGUCCUUGCAUGCAAGCGCAGUUGUGGCCUUUUGCAGUGUCUCUGACAGUUUCCACUAAUACAAGGCCAGGCUCGUAUCUCUUUGAAUGGGGAGAGACCGAUAAAUCCGAAACUAAAACCCACAUCAGUUUCAAACACAUAUUUGAAAUCAGUGAUCAAAUCUGACAAAAACAGCAUAAAUAGUAAUUUGUACCAUUUGACUCAAAUAGCUAGCACACAAAAAAUGUGAUUUUAGCAUGUUUUGUUUACUGCGCAUGUGCAAAUCUCCGCAAGUGGUUUGGCUCAUUAACAGACGAGACUGUGUAAACAGACACCAUGUUAAGUUUUACAAGCUUUACAGUGUGUUUCCCACAGUGCCCGCUCUCCUUUUUUAUAACAUCAGUACAUGAGUAGUUUCUGACCACUGCAAAGUAGCAGUGGACAGACCAAUACUGAAGUAUCAAUAUUUCCAGUCCUAAUGAUUUCUUGUUAGAACUGAUCCUCGCAUGAAAGCAUCAGUGGCAGUUUUUUAACAGUAAGUUAAUUAGAAUAUUUUCUUUUAUGAAAUUGUGUGAAAAAGUGCAAUAAAGAGGCUGCUGCAAAUAGCUGUGAGGGUCAGCCACUUUUACUUCCGCCUUCUUCCUCUUUUAAAGGUCCUCACUCUGGUCCGCCCCUCCGAUGCUGCUCAGGUUCCACCGAGUUCUAUGGUUGUUACGGUGUUGUGAACGACUUCGCGACUGGCCAAUCAGCGAACAGUUCGUAUGAGCCACUAGCCAAUCGUAGCGCAGGAGGCGGGGUUUAUGGAAUACAGGGAUAGAGAAUUAAUGAAGAUUUUUACUUUAUGAAUGUUGUUUUAAACUUGUAGGAUAAAAAUAACGCCAAAGCUCAGACUGGCCCCAUUUUCACACUCAUUUCAGUGUGAAGGCCCCUGCAGUCCAGGUGGUGGCGCUAAUUUUGGUUCUCCAACCACAGCAAAGUGGAGAAGAAGACCUCCUCCUGCUCAGCAGUCCCGUCUGUGCUGCUGACACAGUGAUGUUGUCCGUUAAGAAACAGAAGCUGCUCCAUUAAAAAGAUGAAUGACGUCCUGCUGCAAGCCAUCUUCUGCUCCUAGCGUCCACCUUCCUGCACAGGUUAAAUCUCCAGAAACACACCAAGAGUUGCCACCAUGAACACCCUGCUGGAACCUGGAGAGAUUAAAUGUGAGGAUAUAGCGUCCACAGGUAGCUCCAGUCCUCAGCAGACACCUUCUGUUCCUCCCUACCUUGACACUUUUGUCAGAGAAACACAGAAAAAUACAGUCAAAGAGAGAACUCACCACUGUUUGGAGUGUGGUAAGAGUUUUACUCUACAGAAUCAUCUCCAAAGACACCAGCGCGUUCACACCGGAGAGAAGCCGUUUGACUGUCCCGAAUGCGGAAGGAGCUUCAGAGAUAAAGGCAAUCUGAAGAUACACCAGCGCAUUCACACAGGAGAGAAGCCCUAUUCCUGCUCGGAGUGUGGACGGACCUUUAGAGAGAAGGGUACCCUCAAAAAACACCAGCGCAUUCACACUGGAGAGAAACCGUAUUACUGCUCAGAUUGUGGGAAGAGCUUUAAUCAGCUCAGUAGUCUCCAAACUCACCAGCGCAUUCACACGGGAGAGAAGCCAUAUGACUGCCCGGAGUGCGGCAAGAGUUUUAACGUACUGAGUCAUCUCAAAACGCAUCAGAACAUUCACACAGGAGAGAAACCGUUUUGCUGUUUAGACUGCGGGAAGAGUUUUAAUCGACAGAGUCAUCUCCAGCUACACCAACGCAUUCACACAGGAGAGAAACCGUAUUACUGCUCUGAGUGUGGCAAGAGCUUCAGGCAUUCAAACACGUUCAAGACACACAAAUGCAUUAACAGGGACUCAGAAACUCCUGACACAAGUUUGUCGGAUCAAAAUGCCGAUAUUUAUUAUCAGGUUGUUUUAGUUUGAUAUGAAUAAUGCUGUUUGAAUUUUUGCAAUUUAAACAGCUUUGCUAAUAGAAUCAGUUAAAAGCUGAUCCCACAGAUUUGUCAAAAUGUCUGCAUAAUGUUAUAAUUCAUGGUGGUUUGAUGUGGAAUGCACCGCACAGUCAGAACUGUCCACAGUGGUGGUGAUAGGAACCAGAUGUCUGAAGCAUUUAAAGCCUGGAAAAGCUACUUCACAGACAGCUGUUAUAGUAAGAGGUUACAAAUAUGCUGCCUGAUGCCUGAGACAUUUUAGUUUUGAGAAGGUUUGGGCCUAAAAUGUAUUUUUAUGAGCCAUUAAUGGAGGACAGGUACAUGCAGAGUACUCGAAAAAAUUUAACAUAUUCACCAAUAUUUUAACAUUAUGCACAGAACAUAUAAACUGUGUAGGUCCACUGUUUGUUUCGUAAAAUAAAUACAAUGGUUAUAAUUUGCUGUGUAGACAUGCGACCCCUGGUUCCUAUCACCACCAGUAUAAAGAAAUUGAAGUCUACAAUGCACCAUUUCAUUUCAGACCGCUCUGAAUGAGUUUGUUUACUUCUCAACAAUUGAAUUAAGCAGAAAUAUUAAAGAAAUCUAUACAAGUACUGUAAUAAAAAGGCUGUCUUUUUGUUCUGUGGUUUGUAUACCUCCAUCAUUGUGUAAUUAUUAUGUAUGUAUUGAUUAUGUGAUUAGGAACUGUACAACGUAUUUUCCAUGAAUCGUUAUCAAGACAUCGGUCUUGGCAAUGCUGACUUUGCAUGUUCCAUUCAACUAUUUGAACGUAGUCUGGGAGUUUCUUAUUCCUAUGAUUGACAGCAGGGAGCAGUAGAGAGAAGCUGUUCCCUCUAACCAACACUAGUCCUUUUUUGUCAUGUUAAUUAUUUAAG